AUGGAUGUAAAAAAAACGAUAAUAAAAUGCUCGAGUCCACGAGAAUUCACAAACCUGGAUAAUUCGAAAAAAAAUGAAGAACUUUUAAAAAAUGGUAAGGAGGAUUUUAAUGUUCACCUAUAUGAUAACGAAAUAAAAUAUAGUGAUGAUAUGCAGACAAUAAUUAACAAAGUUAUAAAUGAAAAGAAUAUACAUUUUUAUAAAAAAUAUUCUUCUUAUUUAUUAUAUCUAAGUAAUGAGAAACAAAUAAAUGAUAGUGAAGGGGACGAUAGUUAUACAAACGACGAAAAUACAAAAGUAUUUUUUAAAAUACAAUUAAAUCCACAGGAUAUGAGUAUAAUAUAUAAUAUUGUAGAUAAAAAAACAAUCGAAAAAAUAUUAUCCUUAUGUGCAAAUAAAUAUAAAAGAAGUAAAACAUCUAUUGGAUAUUCAAAUGAGAAACAGGAGCAAUAUAAAUUGACGAAUUCAAUCAAUCGUACAAGUUCUACUGUAUUUUUAUAUACAUUAAGAAGUAGAUCGGUAAUUGAAGAAAAUCAAAUUGAUGAAGAUAGUUCUAUAGUAUAUACAAAAGAUGAAAAUAUAAUAGAAUUAGAAAAUACAAUUUGUAAUUUGGUAAAAAUACCUUUAUGUUAUUUAGAACCUUUAGCUAUUGUAAAAUAUGAAAAAAAUAAUUAUUUCAAUUUACAUCAUGAUGGAUCAUUUAGAAGAGCUACACUUUUAAUAUAUUUAAAUGAUGUUGAUAAAGAUGGAGAAACCAUAUUCCCUUGUCAUAAUUUAUCCAUUAAACCAAUACAAGGUUCUGGUGUUUUCUGGUACAAUAAUAUAUCUAUAGAUGAUGAUUAUGCCAUUACAUAUUGUACUAAUAAAAUAAAUCAAAUAACAUAUGAAGAGCAAAAUAAUAAAUAUCAUCAUAUCUUAGAUGAAAAUAAUAAUUCUUCUGUAUUUCGUACGGACAGUGCAAAAGUAUAUUAUCCAUCAUCUUAUUCAAAUACACAAGAACAACCUACAACCUAUUUUCAUAAUUCUUUUCAAGAUGCUUCCUUCAUAAAAAAUAAUACAACAACAAACAACACACAUACCAAUACAAAUGAAACGUCUAGUCAAAACACAAACUCAAAUCAUGUUCUUAAAAAAAAAAAAGAUCUAAUCAUUUUCCUAAAUGAUAAAAAUAAUUUACACAAAUAUUCAAUUGACCUAGUUUAUGACGAACUAGGAAAUACAUACAUCGCAGAUAUGACAAUGGUACAUCAAGCAAAUAGGGUAACUGAACAGUACAAAUAUGUUAUUAAUUGUUUUUUUAACGUAAAUAUAGUUAGAAAUAUAUAA